AUGUUGUGGUUAAAAAAGCACAAUCCCCAAAUAUCAUGGGAAAAACAUACACUCGUUUUCAACUUGUUAUAUUGUUCCAAUAAUUGUCUGUCUGUACCCGCUGUCCUAGAACUCAAGGCAGUAGAAGAAAUACCACUACCUUAUCAAGAAUUUUCCAAGGUCUUCUCUGAGGAAGAAUCAUCCAAAUUGCCACCCCACCGUCCUUACAAUAUUGCCAUUGAGUUACUCCCGGAUGCGCGACCACAACAUGGUCCCAUAUACAGUUUAGGUCCAAGGGAGGAUGCGGAACUUAAAGAAACCAUUGAGAAACAACUCAAAGCAGGUUUAAUCCGCCCGUCUAAAUCCCCUAUGGCCUCUCCCAUAUUAUUUGUUAAAAAGAAAAAUGGGAAGUUACGCAUGUGUGUGGAUUAUUGGCGUCUGAACAGUAUGACCAAGAAAAACGUCUAUCCCCUGCCCUUGCCACAGAAUCUCAUUGAGAAAUUACAAGGGGCUAAGAUCUUUAGCAAAUUUGAUCUCAAGGCAGGAUACAACCUAGUCCGAAUCAAAGAAGGCGAUGAAUGGAAAACCGCUUUCAAAACAAAAUACGGACUAUUUGAAUAUUUGGUCAUGCCUUUUGGAUUAACAAAUGCACCGGCGGCUUUUCAAGACAUGAUGAAUGAGAUAUUCAGGGAUCUUCUGGAUGUCUACGUCAUCAUUUAUUUGGACGACAUUCUGGUAUUCUCUUUGAACAAAAAGGAUCAUGAAGCUCAUGUACGAGAAGUACUUAAAAGGUUGCAAGACAAUGAUCUCUUCUGCAACAUUGAAAAAUGUCAUUUCCACGUCAAGAAAAUCGAUUACUUAGGGUUUAUUAUAUCCGAAUUUGGCAUAGAAGUGGAUCAGUCUAAAGUUACAGACGCUAUGAACUGGUCAACACCUAAGAAUGUCAAGAACAUCCAAGAAUUCUUAGGAUUUGUAAACUUUUACAGACGAUUUAUCCCUAAUUUUGGCAACAUGGCACGACCUCUGUACAACCUGCUCAAAAAAGAUAGUACUUGGAAAUGGGAACAGGCGGAACAACAAUCCUUUGAUGGUCUGAAGAAAUGUCUUACAUCAGCACCUCUGCUUCUACAACCAGACACCACAAAACAAUUUUAUGUGGAAUGUGACGCCUUGGAUUAUGCCACUGGAGCAAUACUAUCUCAACGUAAUCUAGAAGGGAAAUUAGCCCCUGUAGCCUAUUUAUCUAAAUCCCUAUCCCCAGCUGAAAAGAACUACGAUAUCUUUGACAAGGAAUUACUGGCAGUUAUCAGGGCAUUUAAAGAAUGGCGCCACCUACUGGAAGGAUCAGAAUUACCAGUCCAAGUCCUAAUGGAUCAUAAGAACUUGGAAUACUUCUCCACAUCACAAUCCUUGAAUAAACAACAGAUUUGA